AAUACCAUAUUUACUUGGCAGAUUACUUGCAUUUGAUGAGGUAUCCAGUGAGAUAACCAUAGUAGCAUCAUCUUCUUAUCAUGAUCAUUGUGUACUCAAGACAUGCCAUGUGAUAGUACCUAACAAUCAUGUGAUAAGGUCAUGUGACAAAGACCAUGUGACAGGAAGUAACCAAUGGCCAAUGAGGAUUGUUAUUUUGUCUGCUGCAACAGAUGGAAAAGUUGCAUUCUGGGAUAUCACAGAGACUUGCAAAGAGUUUUUAUCUACUAACUCGUCCACAAGCGCAAGUUCAUCAGUAAAUGAAAAGGAAAGCAGUAAACCUGAGAAAAAGUUGUGGAAUAUAGAUCCAGUCUUUGCUUUAGAACUGCACCAGUCUGGCAUAAACAGUCUUUAUUUUGGGAAAUAUGCAGGUGAUACAUACAUCCUGGUCACAGGUGGUGAUGAUAAUGCUGUACAUGUCAGUCUUGUCACCAUGGCAACACAUGCUACCCGUGUAAAAGUCAAGGUCAUUGCCAAGGGGAAAAACAAAAGUGCACAUUCUGCCCAGAUAACAAGUAUUUACAUAGCAAUUUAG